AGUAAUAACAGGAGACCUAUUCAAAGGAACUCACUGCUCAUUAUCAGAGGAGAAAAAAUAGUUACAACGCGACAACAGUUCUCUAGAAAGUCUUUGUGAUGUCUGAUUCCAAAAUUUGCAGAAUCCUAAGAGAACCCACACUUUACAAUCUCACACUUGGAAUCGUCAUAAUAGUCAUCUUAGUUCUUAUCCUGAAACAGGGAUAUAUCAGUGGAAACAAAACUGAUACCACAUAUGAAAAAGAUAAUCAGCAACUUUCAAAUGAAACGAAAGAAGAUACAUGCACUUUAGUCGAGUUACCCGAUGGUAAAUUGAGAGGACGUAAGGUAGUUUCUUCAAGAAAUAUAGGAUUUUACGCAUUCCAAGAAAUUCCUUAUGCCAUGCCACCGAUAGGAAAACUACGGUUUGAGGCUCCCGUUCCGCCAGAGAAGUGGGAUGGUAUUUUGAAUGCGACAAGUAAUACGAAAACAUGUUUCCAAUACAUCAAUUUCUUACAUGUACCUAAUUGGAGAGAAACUCAAACAGAAGAUUGUCUUUACUUGAAUGUCUAUACACCAGUGUGUCCAUCAUCAGGAAGUUUAUUGCCUGUUAUGUUUUACAUUCAUGGCUCGGCAUUUUUGAGUGGCACAGGUGACUAUGACAUAUAUGGACCAGAUCAUUUGAUGGGCCAUGAUAUUAUUGCUGUCACUUUCAAGUACCGCUUAGGUCCUCUAGGAUUCCUCUCAACUGGUGACAAUGUUAUUCCUGGAAAUUAUGGUAUGAAAGAUCAAGUUCUAGCAUUGAAAUGGGUCAGUCGAAAUAUAAAUUAUUUUGGUGGGGACCCAAACAGAAUCAGCAUUGUAGGGCAUAGUUCAGGAGCAGCAUCAGUCGGAUUUCAUUUGAUGAGCAAGUUAUCUAAAGGGCUAUAUAACUCUGCUAUAUGUCAUAGUGGCACACCUAUUAAUCCUUGGUCAUAUCAACUACACCACAAAAGGAUUGCUCAUCAUCUUGCUGAAUUAUUGGAUAGUAGUUUCAAUAAAAAUGCCAGUUCGGAAGAAAUACUACAAUUCCUUCGUUCGGUUUCUGCUGAAGAUAUCCAUUCAGUAGUGUACAAUUUUCCGAAAUAUCUAUUAGACCACAUGGAAAUUCAAGGUUUCUUGUUCAGCCCUGUUAUAGAGCCAGAGCAUGGGGAAGCGUUCCUUACUGAAAAUAUGUAUUCAGCAAUAAAAGAAGGACGUAUGAAUAGAGUGCCCCUACUCAUCGGUAUUGGUUCUGAGGAAGGAUUCAACAAAUUUGAUGGUACACAGAACGAAAAAGAUGAAACAAGUGUUUUGUCAGAUGAAAUUCAGAAAUGGAAAGAUAUUUCAAGAGAACUAGAUCUGAAUCCUGGGAGUAUGGUUCUAGAUAAUAUGAAUAUAGAUGAAGAACAAGGGAAAAAACAAGUUGGUGAAGUUAUUCACAAUCUAUACACUCAUGGGCGGCUAUUUUCUGAUAAUCUGGGUAUCACUGUCAAGUAUUUCAGUGAAUCUACUUUUACUAAUGCUAUCAUUCGUCAUGCUGAAUUACAAUCCAAUUACAGUGAUGUAUUUUUUUACCGUUUCUCUUAUGAAACACCAGAAUUGAAUGGAAUCAAACCAGAUUUUGAAGGGGUCCAUAAAGUCGCUCAUGGGGAUGAUAUCGUCUUCAUAUGGCGCUUCAGAGGAGUCGAUGUUAUAGAAAGAGGCUCACCAAUGGAUGUAUUGACAAGUGAUCGGUACAGGACACUGAUCACCAAUUUCAUGAAAUAUUUGAAUCCUACACCCACCAAAUCGCCCCUAUUGGAUUACGUGAUCUGGCCAAAAGUUCGACCAGAUAAAUUUCAAUUUUUGGAUAUCAACGGAACGAUCACAAUCCAGAACAAUCUUAGAGAUAAGAGAUAUAGAGGCUGGUUGAAAAUAUACGAGGAUAUGGCGAGGAAGCCAAUAUUGACGUUUUGAUGGUCUCGAGCAAUUCGAGUUAACACUUGUAAAACCUUCCAUUUUUUGUUGAUUGAUAUUCAUUAUGAGUUCAUUGUUCAAUAAAACUGUCGAUCAACAACACA